CAUCCGCCAUGUCGGCACCGUCGGCGUGGACAACAGCUUCCUCUGCAUCCUCCCUCUCCUACUUUCUGGUUGCCUCUAUCUGUCGCGUCAACUACGUCUUUUUCUUCUCUCUCUCCCCUUCCUGCCAUGCUCCGGGUUACCUCGCUGCUGCUUCCCCUGCUGUUCGUCCUGCUGCCGGGCUCAGGCCGGGGAUAUUUCCCGGAGGAGCGCUGGAGCCCCGAGUCGCCGCUCCUGGCUCCCCGGGUCGUGAUCGCGCUGAUCUGCCGCAACUCGGCUCACUCUCUGCCGCUGUUCCUCGGAGCCAUCGAGCGACUCAACUACCCGAAGGACCGCUUAGCGCUGUGGGUGGCGACAGAUCACAACAUGGACAACACCACAGCUAUCCUAAGAGACUGGCUCAUUCAGGUGCAGAAUUACUAUCAUUAUGUGGAGUGGCGACCUGAAGAUGAACCCAGUGCCUUUGAGGAUGAAAUAGGGCCAAAACACUGGAAUAAUCUACGAUAUGAACAUGUGAUGAAACUUCGGCAGGCAGCGCUGAACACUGCCCGCGAGAUCUGGGCCGACUACCUCCUGAUGGCUGACUGCGACAACCUGCUCACCGACCAGGAUGUGCUGUGGAAGCUGAUAAGGGAAAACAAGACCAUCGUUGCUCCGAUGCUGGAGUCCAGAGCUGCUUACUCCAACUUCUGGUGUGGGAUGACUUCACAGGGUUACUACAAGCGAACCCCGGCCUACAUGCCCAUCCGCAGACGGGAACGUCGGGGCUGUUUCGCUGUGCCGAUGGUCCACUCCACAUACCUGGUGGAUCUGAGGAAAGAGACCUCCAGUCAGCUGGCUUUUUACCCACCACAUCCCGAGUACAGCUGGGCACUGGAUGACGUCAUAAUCUUUGCUUACUCUGCUCGCGUGGCAGACGUGCAGAUGUACGUAUGCAACAGAGACACCUACGGGUAUUUCCCGGUGCCGAUGCGUUCCCAUGCUACCAUGCAGGAUGAAGCAGAGAGCUUUUUGCACACUCACCUAGAGAUCAUGGUGAAUAAUCCUCCAUUGCAGCCCUCCAGCUUCCUGUCUCUCCCUCCCAAGCAUCCAAACAAGAUGGGCUUUGAUGAGGUUUUUAUGAUAAAUCUGGUGCGGAGAACCGACCGUCGGGAGCGAAUGCUGAGAACUCUGGACGAACAAGAGAUCAGCUGUAAGAUUGUUGCUGCUGUGGAUGGCAAAGCUCUGAAUACGUCUGAUAUAGAUUCUAUGGGGAUUAAGAUGCUCCCAGGAUACAAAGACCCUUAUCACGGUCGACCUCUCACCAAGGGUGAACUGGGUUGUUUCCUCUCUCAUUAUAACAUCUGGAAGGAGAUCGUAGCGCGCGGCCUCCAAACGUCCCUGGUCCUGGAGGAUGACCUCCGUUUCGAGGUGUUCUUUAAAAGGCGGCUCCAGGCGCUGCUGCAGGAAGUGACAAAACACAAGCUGGACUGGGAUCUUAUAUACAUCGGACGGAAGCGGAUGCAGGUGGACCACCCAGAGAAGUCUGUCCCAAACAUCCACAACCUGGUGGAGGCGGACUACUCCUACUGGACACUUGGCUACAUGUUGUCUUUACAAGGAGCCCAGAAGCUCCUCAUGGCCGAGCCUCUGAGCAAGAUGCUUCCCGUCGAUGAGUUUCUCCCAGUCAUGUACGACAAGCAUCCAGUUUCAGAGUACAUGGAUCCCUUCGAGCAUCGAGACCUGCAAGCGUUUUCCGCUGAGCCGCUCCUGGUGUAUCCGACCCACUACACAGGAGAUGCGGGUUACAUCAGCGACACGGAGACGUCAGUGGUCUGGGACAACGAGACGGUCAAAACGGACUGGGAUCGAGCCAGGUCGAGGAAGACCCAGGAGCAGGGGGAGCUGAGCUUUGAGGCCCAGAACUCCGACGUGCUGCAGUCAGAACUGGAGAACGUGAGUGCGCGGGAUGAGGUUUUGUGUUCUCCCAUGUCGUUAAGGGAGCUGCAGGCCAUGUUUAAGGUGAAGGACAUUCCUGCAGUGGUGGUCCUGCGUCCCGAUGGCUCCAUCCUCUCGCCGAAUGCCGUGCAGGACAUCUCUCACCUCGGCACUGACUGCUUCCGCAACUGGCAGGAGUCCGCUGAGCUGGUUGAGAGGACCUUCAUGCUCAAUGAGGACUUUGAUGAUCCUAAUCUACGGAGCGUCACCGACCCUGUGAGGAGGCUCAAGUACAAGACCGAGGAUGACAAGAGGAAGAAGAGAUGGUGGAAAUUAUGGGUAAAGGAAAAAGAUGGAAAGGAGGAGGAGGAGGAAAAAGAUGAAACAUUGGACAUGAAGAGGAAGAAUGGAGAUAAAGGAAUUUGGCGAAGGAGAUGAGAGGGUUUUUUGUUGUUGUUUUUAUAUCUCCUACUUGUUUUGCUGUAUUAAAUCUAAUGCUGUUCAUCUAAAAGCAAACCACACCUGUUGUUGCAGCUGUAACCUAACCCUUUUUUAAGAAAGAUUUUCUCGCUUAUGCUAACAAUCUAGCUAUAGUUAAGCUAUAGUGUUAAUGUUAGCACUAUAGCUUAGCUAUCUGCUGCAGGAAGAUAGGAGAGUAUAUCUGUGGGAUGUUAAAUAAUCUAUUGUUUAUAUCCAGUAUGUGGAGAUGAUAACUAUGGAAAGUGUCUCCCAUAGUUUGCUGUUGCUGAUGUUAAACUUUAAAUAUAAAGGAUUUAUUUCUAGUCAUAUUCAAUUUAAAUAUUAUUGAAAAGUUCAUUUAUUUCAGUAACUCAAUUCACUAAGUGAAACACAUUAUACAGAAUUACACAAAGACUGAUGUUUUCAAGACUUUAUUUCUGUUAGUUAUGAUGAUUACAGCUAUUGAAAACAUAACAUUUAAGACUAGAAUAUUGCAUCAAACCAAUAAAAACAUUUUUAAUACAGAAAUGUGGGCCUAAUGAAACGUAUGUUUAAUGCAUAAUGGGUAUUUUCAAAAGGUACUUUUAAUCUGCUAAAUUGCUUUAUUCGAAUGAAUAUUCUAAUUUAUUGAAUAUCACUUUGUUUUUAAUUUGUAGCCAUUCCUUGUUACCCUUCGAGUAUUAUUUGAUGGUUCAUCCUAUGGUUCAUGUUUAUUAUGUGCCGGUAUUAUUUGGAUGGAUCAUAAUGUCCCUAUCCAAGCUCCUGUAUUUGUCCCUAAACAAUAAAGGUCCUGUUGUAGCUCA